UCCCCUCACACCUUCUCUCUCUCUCUCUCUCUCUCUCUCUCUCUCUCUCUCGUCGCCUAUCGCCGGCACAAAAUAUUAAAAACAAAAAUAUUUGUGACAAAUCGAUAUAAUUAGUUUAGAUAAAAAAAAAAAGAUUAGAUUAAUUUCUGGUUCUUGUGUUUUUCUCCGUUCAUUCUUCAGAAAUCAGAAUUCAUUGAUUGAAACCUCACCGGAAUAUUAUUCAUUCAUUCUCCUCUACGAUUCCAUGGUGGCCAGAGGCGUGCCGGCGCAGGUGGCGGUUAUGGCCGCGGCCGCCCUUAACUUCACCGAAUCCUCCUCCUCCUCCAACUGGUGGCGAGACAUCAACAACUCUCCCCUUUGGCAGGAUCGCAUCUUCCACGUCCUCGCUGUCCUCUACGGAAUCGUAGCCGCCAUCGCUCUCGUUCAACUAGUUCGAAUACAAUUGAGAGUUCCGGAAUAUGGUUGGACCACGCAGAAGGUCUUCCACUUUCUCAACUUUUUCGUCAAUGGGGUUCGGUGUUUUGUUUUCGUCUUCCGUCGCGAUGUGCAGAAGCUACAGCCAGAGAUUGUGCAACAUAUCUUACUUGACAUGCCCAGUCUUGCUUUCUUUACAACGUAUGCCCUUUUGGUUCUGUUCUGGGCUGAGAUUUACUAUCAGGCACGCGCUGUAUCUACUGAUGGUCUGAGACCAAGCUUCUACACAAUUAAUGCUGUGGUUUAUGUUGUUCAGAUUGUUUUGUGGUUGAUAUUAUGGUGGAAACCCAUCAGUGUGCUGGUCAUCUUGUCUAAGAUGUUCUUUGCAGGGGUCUCUUUGUUUGCAGCCCUUGGCUUUCUUCUCUAUGGUGGGAGAUUAUUCUUGAUGCUUCAACGCUUUCCUGUCGAGUCCAAAGGUCGACGUAAGAAGCUGCAAGAGGUUGGCUAUGUGACCACCAUAUGUUUUUCAUGCUUCCUUAUCAGAUGUGUUAUGAUGUGCUUCGAUGCAUUUGAUAAAGCUGCUGACCUCGAUGUCUUGGACCAUCCCAUUCUAAACUUCAUAUAUUACCUGUUGGUGGAAAUAUUGCCUUCUUCUUUGGUCCUUUUCAUUUUGAGGAAGUUACCCCCCAAGCGGGGUAUCACACAAUAUCACCCGAUUCGCUGAAAGAAUAUUAACAUGUGGAGAAAACUUAGUCAGAAGGCAUCAUUAGUUGUUCUCUGUUUUCUUGGAUGUUUUUGCACUCCAAGUAUAAAUUCUAGAGGACAGAGAAAGUCAAGUCUUUUCUAUGUUGAAUGACAAAGCUAAUGUCUUACGUUUUAAAAGUUCUCCCUUAAGGUUUGUAGAUUUUGUAACGUGACAUUUUAUGGAUUGUCAAACGUGUUGGGCUGUAUUAUAUGUGAUAUUUGCGUUGUCUCUGGGAAUAUGUUGUUGUUUUUUCAGGUUCAGCAAUUCAACACAAAUAGCAAACCUUCUUGGGAGAAGGGGACACUGAUAUAUAUUGUAUAAUAGCUUUUAAGUCCUGUAACUGCUACAAGUUGGUGAAAUGUACUGUUUAUUUGAUCUUUCA